UGAUAAGUGUUGUAAACAAAAACAAUUAUUUUCAACCGAUUAACCCGAUAGUUUCAAAUGCGGAAAAUUCCAGUAGUGUUACAACAUGGUCGAGGCUUUGUUUAUGAUGUAGACGAUUACAGUGAACUUCGUUCCACACAUCGUAUUACUGGUAGUUUGAUUGGAGUUCCCGUCUCAAAAUCAAGAAAUGUAAAUUUGUCUGCUCUCCCUGCUGUACUUUCUCAGUAUGAAUUAAAUUUGGGUCUUGAAAAAAACUUGAUCGUUUUGCUCAACAAAGCUACGUCGCUUCUACUCAGCCCCAAAUCGGAAGAUGAGACUAGUUUUCGUAACCUUACCAAAAAGCAAACCUCUGAACAACGGGCACCCUACAUUGAGAAAAGAUUGUUGGAAUUUGAGAAAAUAUUACCUCAAAUCAUUGAAGGAAAACGAAAAAAGCUUAUGAAAAAUGGAGCCAAAGAAAAAGAUAUUAGAGUGGAUCCUAUAACCGUAAUAUCCGAGGAAAGGCAAAAAUUAGAAACAGGAGCAUUUACACCAUUAGUUCAAAUACCCAUGGAGCAUCCAAUUCCAACUGAAUUCUCUAUUGUCCAUUUGACCGCUGAAGACCGAAUCAAGUACAAGGUGUUUAAAGAUAUUUGGGAAAAGCAAAAAAUGUACGUUUCUGGUGGUGAUACUUUUGGAUGUGAUUUUCUGCUUUAUCCAGGAGACCCGCUCUAUUACCAUGCAUCACAUGUGGUACAUGUCCUCAAAGAUUCCAAGCUUAGAUUGGAUUUUAAAUAUCUUACCCGAUGUUGCCGUUUAUCAGUAGUAGUUAAUAAAAUUUGUAUCGUAGCGUACGAAAAUUCUUUAGGCACAAUAUGUUAUCAGACGAUGGAAUGGGAGGGCAAUGCCAUUUCCAUUAUGUAAAUAUUUUUAU